CGAGCCUCGAGCUUAUCCUCGCCGCCUCACGGCAUGCAAUUGCAUUUCCCCCGAGACAACACCGUGUGUAACCCGCAACCCAUUGUCCCACCAUCCACGUCCAGCCUUCUCCUGCUCGUCCACAGCCUCCAGCAAUGUCCUCGAUCCUACAUACCGUCAGUUCGACCAUCCAGUCCCUUUCAGGUGCCUGGCGGCCGCAGAGCAACAAUGCGCCCCCCAAUGGCGCGUUAUCGACCGCGACCAUGUCGUCAAACGCGCUGUUCGAGCACAUCCUCGUCCUGAACGUCCCCCUCCCCGACGCGCACCGCGCGCUCCUAGCGGAGCACUCAAAGAACAUCACGCAUAUACCCUCGGCGCGCACGCCCGGCUCUGUCCCCGAUGAAGCGUACCGCAAGGCAGACGUGAUAUAUGGGUUCCCAACAGGGCUCGAGAGCUGGGCGCAGGUCCCGAGCCUCAAGUUCGUGCAGCUUGACAGCGCGGGGGCGGACAGCGUCGUCCGCGGGAAGAUGUGGCACGAAGAGCGGGCGGAGAAAGUGGUCAUGGCCACGGUUGCGGGGAUUCAUAUGGCGCCGAUCUCGCAGCACUUCAUCAUGACGACGCUCGCGCUGUUCCACCAUCUGCAAGAACAGAUCCUCGUCGCACAGGUCGACAAACGCUGGGGGAAGGAUACCGAGUUCGGUGGGCAGUUGUUCGUCCAAGAACUCAAGGGGAAGACGGUGGGCGUGCUAGGAUACGGACACAUUGGCCGGGAAUGCGCGCGCCUCUCAGCAGCCUUCGGCGCCAAGGUGCUCGCGGCCACGAGCGACGGACAACAGAAGCCGCAGACUGGCUACGUCGAGGACGGCAUGGGCGACCCGGACGGGAAUAUCCCCGAGGCGUGGUAUUCGACGAAGGAUGAGGAGGCGUUCAAGGAGUUCCUGUCCAAGUGCGAUGUCCUCCUUUUGGCGCUACCCUCGACAGGCGCAACGCACCAUAUAUUGUCCUCCGCGACAAUAGGGUACCUGCCUUCUCAUGCGAUCAUCGUGAACAUCGGGAGGGGCGAUGCGGUUGACACGGACGCAUUGCUGGAAGCCCUGGACGAGAAGAAGCUCGCGGGUGCCGCGCUCGACGUUGUCGAGGGAGAGCCGCUUGCAGACGGGCACCCACUCUUCGGCAGGAAAGACGUCCUUAUAACGCCGCACCUGAGUGGACGGACGACUAUGUACUUGGAGAGGAGCAUACAUAUUUUCGCCGAGAACUUGCGCAGGUUGCGGGAGGGCCAGCAGGUUUGGAACCAAGUAGACUACAAGAGGGGAUACUAAGUAGAUAUGUGAAGGGCAUGUGAGCUCCUUUACAGUAGACCGCGUAGACGAAAUGCAGUCAUAAGAAUAGAGCAGUGUCCAACCACGCCGGAUGAUGCUGGGCAAACGUUG